UAUAACCCUAAUGUUGUUUGGUGAAACACAUUUUCCAGCAUGACCACAACACAUAACUUCAUCUUCCUCAUCACUUCAUCUCUCUUGAUUCUAUCACUUCAUGCUGCUUCUGAUGCAAGCUGCAGUCAUUCUGCGUGUGGUGAUAUUCGCAAUAUCAGCUACCCUUUCCGCGUCCAGGGCGAUCCCAGCCACUGCGGCCGUUCCAAAUACCAUGAACUAACGUGCGAAAACAAUGUCACCUUCGUCUAUCUAAACUCUAUCAAAUACUAUGUCAAACACAUCAACUAUGAUUCCUCCACCAUUAGGUUGGUUGAUGCUUCCAUAAACACGGAUUCUACAAAAUGCUCUUUCCCUAAAACUUCCUCCAAAUUCUACAAAUUCACCGAUCGUUCUUCUUCUCCAUACUAUAUUCCUGAUCCCUCUGAUAAGUUACUGCCAGUUAACUUGAUUACCUGCCCCAACCCGGUGCCAAAUUCUUCCCACUUUACAGAUAUUACUGCCUGUACUUUAUCACAUACCAGAUUUAGAUAUGUAUAUGUUGGGCACAUCUUGGCCUCAGAGGUACCACAUUUGUGUACAUUAGAUCUAUUAGUCUUCACAUCGUGGCUGGUUUUCUGGGAUUUUACUAAUGCUUCACUCAUCCAAAAAUCACUCUUGUAUGGUUUUGAACUCAGAUUCUGUGAUGAUUGCAAUGGAAAAUCCACAAAAUGGGGGAAACUCAUACAUCACUUAUCAGGACCUAAGAGCUAUUUCCUUAUUCCUCUUGCCAUUCUAGUUUUCAUAAUUGCAGGGGUAAGCCUUCUUGUGACAAUCAUCAUCGGAAUUGCAGGUGUAUUAGUACUAUCAUUUACUCCUACUUCCCUUUUGGAAAAUAUACAAUUCAGCAACUAUAAUAAUCAGACUAUGCUAGAAGCAAUUAAUCACAUUGUAUUCAUUGCAAUUCUCGCGGGUUGUUUGGCAAUUAUAGUUUGUUUAAUUGCAGCACUAAACCCCAUUUUCAAAAUAACCUUCGGAGUUGGAAUUGUAUUGACACUCAUCUUUAUUGCCAUCUACAAAUGGGACACUUAUAUGGUGUAUGACCUUACGGACCUCGUUUUACCUUCCAUCAUCACUGGGGUCAUCAUCUGGGCACCAAAGAUAAUCAUUUGUCCUUUCAUAUUCUGGAUUUUGAUCUACAAAUUUCGGAGAAGGCACUUGUCCUCUUUCGAAGGAGUAGAGUCAUUCCUACAAAGUGAUAACAAACUCGUGCCAAUAAGGUAUUCCUACUCAGACAUAAAGAAGAUGACUAAGAAUUUUGAAGACAAACUCGGCCAAGGAGGCUACGGUUCUGUUUACAAGGGAAAGCUUCGAAGUGGCCAUCUUGUAGCAGUCAAAUUGCUUAAGAAGUCCGGAGCAAACGGGCAAGACUUCAUCAAUGAAAUAGCAACUAUUGGAAGGAUCCAUCAUGUAAAUGUUGUCCAACUUGUUGGAUAUUGUGCUGAAAGAUCAAAGCGUGCCCUCAUUUUUGAUUUCAUGCCAAAUGGUUCGCUUGAUAAGUACGUCUUCUAUCCAGAAAAAGCCUUUUCGUUGGAUUGGGAUAUGAAAUUUAAGAUUGCACUUGAAGUGGCUCGAGGGAUCAGGUAUUUGCACCAUGGUUGUGACAUCCAGAUCUUGCAUUUUGACAUCAAACCUCACAAUAUUCUUCUUGAUGAUAAGUUCGUCCCAAAAAUAUCUGAUUUUGGGUUGGCAAAAUUAUGCGCUGCAAACAAGGAGGCGGUGACAUUAACGGCGGCUAGAGGAACCAUAGGGUAUGUUGCUCCUGAACUUAUCAAUAGAAGCAUUGGCGCAGUGUCUUACAAGGCUGAUGUGUAUAGUUUUGGGAUGUUGUUGAUGGAAAUGUUGAGAUUAAACAAAGACUUGACAAGGAACGAUGAUGAAUCUAGCAAGUAUUUCCCAAACUGGAUAUACGACCACUUGAACCAAGGAAAGGACAUCGACAUUGGAUAUGUUAAUGAAAAUGAUGAUAGAAACAUUGGUCGGAAGAUUACUAUUGUUGCAUUAUGGUGCAUACAAAUGAGCCCAGACAAUCGUCCAUCAAUGAAUAAGGUGUUGGAGAUGUUAGAAGGUGAUGUCGAACAUAUACAGAUUCCCAAUUAUCUAUCGUUUAUGGCAGGAAAUGAGGAAGAAAGCCGGGCUACAGAUUCUAAUGCUUCCAUAUCAUUGUUGCAUGAUAACAACAUUAUUGAGAUUAUUAGUAAUGCUUGAAAUAUUUGUAUUACCAUCUAUGUUUACUUAGAAACAAGUUCCACUGAUUAUGUAUUUGUGAGAUGUUCAUAAACAUAUGCAUUAUAUUAUUAAUGAGACACAGCAAACCUUGGUGGCUAA